AUGAUUUUACAUCAAUUGAGAUUGAUUAUUUUAGCAUUUUUAAUUACUCAUGUACUGUGUGAAAAUAAGUACAGUCGUACAGCUAACGAGAAACAGAAAAGCGAGGUAGAUUUUAGAACAUUGGAGAAACCAUUUAGAAUGAAUAAAUUAAACAUUUUAUGGACGAAAGCUCAACAGCGCUUAACAGAAACAAAACUUAAAUCGCUAUACAGUGAUUUAAUGAUUCAAGAUAAAGAAGAGAUUACAUACAAAAGAGUAAAAAGUGAAGGAGGGGACAAAGAAGGAUUAAAAGAAGCUGAUCUUAGGCGAAAGCUAACUAACAUUAUGAAUGCUUAUGGAUUGCGAGAACAUUUUGCUGACACUCCAAUGGCCAGGCAAAAACAAGAUCCUGCCUAUAACUCUGCUAUGGAUGGAUAUAUUAACAAAAGCUUAUUUAAAGAUAAAAAAUUAAACAUGUUAUGGGCAAAAGCUGAAGCAUCUGGUUUCACUAGUGAAGAGCUGGCGGCUUUGAGAGAGGAAUUUACACAUCAUCAGGAGAAAAUAGAUCAGUACUAUGAUUUGCUUGCAAAUAUGGAGGUUGGAGAACAAGAGGGAUAUAAGAAUGCAGUGGAUGAAGAAGAAAUGGAAAGGUUCAAUGACAUCAACUACGAACAAGAUAACAAAGAUGAGAAUGUUGACAAAAACUUUGUCGAUAAGGCGAACUUGGUGCGGGAGAAACACCGCGGCCUGCGGGACGGGUACGACAGGUUGCAGAGAAUUGCGGCGAAAGGUCCCAACAACAAAGAGUUCAUCGAACCCAAAGUGCAAGGCCUGUGGCGUAUGGCGGCGGCGGGCAACUUCACCGUCGACGAGCUGGCUUCGUUGAAGGUGGAGCUGCAGCAUUACGAGUCCCGCCUGCUCAAACUGCGUACACUCCACGCGGACCAAGUAAGCAACUAUGAGAAACAUCAUAGUAAGAUCGCAGCAGCCGGUGACAAGAUGGACCAUUUCGCAGAUCAGCAGCAGAUGAUAAAGAAGCACACGCGCAAAGUUGAAAAGUUGCACGCAGAACUCGAAGGCAAGAUAAUGGCGAGACAUACAGAGUUA